GCGCGAGUUGGCGGCCAAGAGGAGCAGCAGUCUUUGUAGCGUUCAGGCCGGGUGAAAGAGGCUGUCACAGGCAGCGAUACGACCAGCAGAGGCUCAAGCAUAGCCAGCGGGGCGCUCAUUCUGGCACCGCUUUGGCGACAUGCAGUCCAUCCACAACUCUAUUCAGACACAGUUUUGGCUCGCAAGAGACUAUCUCUCCCCCGUUCUUCGCGAGAGCAGAUUCAGGGAGCACGGGCAGAUCACGCCAGCCGAAUUUGUAGCUGCUGGCGAUUUCCUGACCUACAAGUUCCCGACCUGGCAAUGGGCGCCGGGCGACAAGUCCAAGCAGCGCGACUUUCUUCCGGAUGACAAGCAGUUUCUGAUCUCGCGCAGUGUGCCAUGUCUCCGACGAUGCUCCCAGAUGGUCUACACCGACGCAGACGAGGACGCCGAGGCGCUGAUGCGCUUCGAUCUGGAUGGUGAGCAAGGUGAAGAGGGCGAUGAGUGGGUCGCGACCCACACGGGCGGCUCCGGUAACAAGCGAACAAGUACCGGCUCUGUUGAGCAGUCCAUGAGGGAGAUUCCAGAGAUAGAGGGCUCGCCGGAGCGUAAGCUCCGCACGAACCUCGGCAAGCUUGCAAUCGACGAUCAGAACGAGCAAGCGCCAGCAGACGAUGAUAUCCCGGACAUGGACGAGAUACCUGACAUGGACGAAGAGGAGGAUGAUGCGCUCGAUGCAGGUGGCAUGACAGAGGCGGAAGAUACCGCCGCUGUUCGACAGGAAGUCGCUAGCCCUACUGACGAAACUGCGAGCAAAGGCAACGAUAACCUGCUGAGUGUGCGCACCUACGAUUGCUACAUCACCUACGAUAAGUACUACCAAACGCCUCGAAUGUGGCUCAACGGAUUCGAUGAACACAAACGCUUGCUCAAGCCCCAGCUCGUCUUUCAGGAUAUCAGCACAGAUUAUGCGCAAAAGACGGUCACCAUCGAGCCCUUCCCACAUCUGAGCGGUAUCAGCAUGGCCAGCGUCCAUCCUUGCAAACAUGCCAACGUGAUGAAGAAAGUCAUUGAUAGGAUGAACGCGAGCGUAGUCGAUGUUCAGCGGAAGGAACUUCAGAAAGAAAAGGCAGAGGGCAAGAAGAGUAAGACCUGGGGCCUUGGCGGCGUCGUGAAGAAAGCAACACAUCAUGGCAAAUCAAAGAAAGAUGUCUCGCCUUCGACCAGCGUAGCAGACACAAGCGACGACGCGAUGGAGCAACCGGAAGGCUUGCGCGUCGAUCAGUAUCUGCUCGUCUUUCUCAAGUUCAUGGCAUCGAUUGUGCCCACCAUCGAGGUAGAUGCUACCGCUGCCUUCUAGAAUAGAUCAUGGACCAUUACGAAGUAACGUGUUGUUGUCUUCAGAAGCAUACAUACGACAUUGCCACUCUCAAUCGGCACAACAAUAUCGCGGCUAGCGCGUGCAACGAAUGAUGUGCAGAUGCUCACGUCCAGCUCUGCGCUUCAGACUGAUCUGAGCGAAGAAGUGCCGACUGUUGAGACUCUCGAUGAUAGCUUGCGGAUCGUUCUGCGAAAUCGCUACUAGAUAGAAUAUGCCGCGAGCCGACAGCAGGUCUGGCAAAGCAUCAAGGACGCGAUUCGUGACUGUCAUGCCUCCAUCGCC